AUGGGUUUCCAUGGCCGAGCAGCCGUGCACAAGCAUAAGUUCACCACGCGCAAUGCCAAGUCUCGGCUGGAGUGGUGUAAAGCUCGUCGCCAUUGGACUCUGGACCAGUGGAAACUCGUUCACUGGAGUGAUGAAUCACGCCUCACCCUGGAUAAAAGCGAAGUGACAACGUUGUGCCUGCCUCCCUCAGCCAGCCAUGGUGGCUCUGACAGUAACAUCAGCUUGGAUGGGGCCGGGGUGGGGGCUGAAGGUUCAGGGGUCGUCGAUCCGCAACGAACGCGGCUCGCUCUGGAGCACCUGCAGCAGAAGAUCCUGAAAAUCACUGAGCAGAUUCGCAUAGAACAGGAGGCGCGAGAUGACAACGUAGCUGAGUACCUGAAGCUGGCCCACAACGCAGACAAGCUGCAGGCCUCGCGCAUCAAACAGGUGUUUGAGAAGAAGAACCAGAGGUCUGCACAGACCAUCGCCCACCUGCACAAGAAGCUAGAUCACUACCACAAGAAGCUGAAGGAGAUAGAGCAGAAUGGUCCAGCUCGUCAGCCUAAGGAUGUGCUGCGGGACAUGCAACAGGGGCUGAAGGACAUGGGGGCCAAUGUACGAGCAGGGUUCCAUGGCUUUGGCGGGGGUAUGGUGGAUGGGGUCAAAGGAGGGGUGGAAGGGGUCAAAGGAGCUGUGGUGUCUAAGCCACGGGAGUUCGCCAGCUUGAUCCGCAACAAAUUUGGCAGUGCAGACAACAUCUCCCACCUCAUAGAGGACGGGGUGGGAGGGCACUCGGAGGACGUGCCUGCUCAAAGAGCCCUGAGUGGCAGUGCCACCCUGGUCUCCAGCCCCAAGUACGGUAGCGACGACGAGUGCUCCAGUGCCUCCUCUGGCUCAGCGCCAGGCAGUCACUCAGGUUGGGCUGGGGGAGGAGGUGGGAUGUCGGGGCAUGGGCAGGCUGGCCUGGGGAGCCCCAGACUGGAAGGGCACCACCACCACCACCACCACAUCCACAGCUCCUGGGACACUCUGCUGGAAGGCCUGCAGGAGAUCAAGGCCAGCCAGGCCCACAUGGAGGAUGCCAUCGAGGACAUGAAGAGUCAGCUGCAGAGUGACUACUCCUACAUGACCCAGUGCCUACAGGAGGAGAGAUACAGGUACGAGCGACUGGAAGAGCAGCUGAAUGACUUGACAGAGCUGCACCAGAACGAGAUGACUAAUCUGAAACAGGAGCUGGCCAGCAUAGAGGAGAAAGUGGCCUACCAGUCCUAUGAGAGAGCCAGAGACAUUCAGGAAGCAGUGGAGUCGUGCCUGACUCGCAUCACUAAGUUGGAGCUCCAGCAGCAGCAGCAGCAGGUGGUGCAGUUGGAGGGUGUGGAGAACGCCAACGCCCGCGCCUUACUGGGCAAACUCAUCAACAUCAUCCUGGCACUCAUGGCUGUAGUGCUGGUCUUUGUCUCCACCCUGGCCAAUUUCAUCACCCCACUCAUGAAGACCCGAGCACGGGUGGCCGCCACGGUCAUGCUGGCCCUUUUCCUGUUCAUCCUCUGGAAGCACUGGGACUUCCUGGAGCUGUGGCUACUGCCCAGCUGA